AAAUCCCACGCGCCACCACGCGGCAGCCUCAUCCGUUCCAAGCCCCAACCAUUCCAGCUCCACCACGCGGUCAACAGCGCGAACACAUCGGGAGAUCCAAAGAUCCCACAGCUCCAUCCCCACUUGUUCCGAUCCAUUCAUUUCACCUUUGGCGCGUGUGGGUACAGCCAUCAGGCAUCAGCCAUGGCUGCCGGAGGAGUGGUGCUCAACCUGCGCGUCCCGUCGGCGUCAGUGGCGCCGGCGCGGCGGUGUGGGACGGCGUCGUCGUCGGUGAGAUGCGGGAGCGCGCGCGGGGCGGCGCCGGCGAGGCAUACGGGCGGGGCGCUGGAGGAUGACCACUACCGGGCGCUGAGGCUGGCGCCGGGGGCCACCAGGGGAGAGAUCAAGAGGGCAUUCCACCGUCUCGCGCUGCAGUACCACCCGGACGUCGUGCGCCAAGAAAAUAGCGACAGCGUGGACUUCGAGCGGAUCAACGCGGCGUACCAGAGGGUGAUGAGCAACAUGCGGGAGGCGGAGGCGAGGCUCGAGUACUGGCGCCGCCGCUACGGCCUCGCCGACGAGGACCUCGACCGCUACCGCCGCUACCUCAACGACGACGACGAGGACGACUGGUUCGCAGACCUCUGAAGCGGCGCCUGCAUGAUUCUUGCCAUGGCAGAGGCAGCAGUACUGUAAAUUAAUUUGUGAAAUGCCACUCUCUGCAUUUCCCCUGUUUGAUUGUGGAUGGAAGAGACGUAGUACGGUAGUAGGAUGGAAUUCAGAGUUCUAACGAUUGUAAUUGGAACACUUUAAUUUCCAUUGUGAAUAUAAGAAACGAACAGAGCAGCAAUUAAUCUAAAUUGUGGCUAAGGAUUCA